AUGGCCAAGAAAACUAGCCGCGUUACUUUUGUCAUUUGCAUUUUCCUACUUAUUGUGAACUUAUGUUUUGCAAGUGAGAAAACUGAUUCAUCCUCAAAUGAUGAAAGUGCAACUACACAUGCUAAUGAUAAGGGACUAGAUUGGUACCAUCCAUGGUUCCAUCCUCAUCCUCCAAUACCCGCUCAUGGAUUUCCUCAUCGUCCAUGGCCAUUCGUUCAUCCUCCAAUGCCAGCUGGCGGUUUUCAUCGUUAUCCAUGGCUACAUCCACAUCCAUGGCCAUUCGUUCAUCCUCCUAUGCCUGCUGGUGGUUUUCAUCCUCAUCCAUGGAUACAUCCUCGGCCAUGGCCAUUCAUUCAUCCUAGGUUUCCUUAUCCAUGGGCUCACCAUCAUCCAUGGCCAUUCAUGCAUCCACCAGUUCCAUCUCCACCUAAGGGAGACAAUGGAGGGAAGAAUUAA